GAGGGGAGCAGCUCAACUAAAAAGCGGUGGCAGAUUGGAGUCCUGCUCUGGACCUCUGUGGCUGCACCAAAUGCCGGGACCCAGGUCCUCUGGGCUGAAGGAGACAAGACUGGACCAGGACCAGACCCCUGUAAAAAUGCCCGCCGCCUGAGCUUCAGACCAUGUACUCAUACAGUUGCCUGGCGCCCGGGGAGGGCGUCUGGCCUCCGCUGCAGGCCCUCACCUACACCUACCUGCCCGCCCCUCUGCUGCUGCCCCCCAUCCAGGCUCACAACUUCUGCAGCCGGCCCCCGUGCCUAAGCGCAGGCGAGUGGGCGGCUCAGCGGGAAUAUCACAGCUUCCACGGCCCAAGCGCGCUCCUAGCGCUCGCGCCGCCCUUGUGGGCCUUCCCGCAGGCCCACGCCACGGCCCUGAGCCAACCAUUUCCCGCUCCCGGCUACCUGGGGCCGUCGCUGCAGUCGCCCGCGGCGGGGACGGCGGCGGCCCAGAGCUGGGAAUCCUGGUCAGAGGGCUGCAGCCUGCAGGCGGAGCUGCGCUGGGGCCGCGUGGAGCGCGCGCGAGGCCCGCGCCUGGAGCUGCCAGACUUCGUGCUGCGGGAGCUGCGGCGCGUCUACGGCACGUACCCGCGCACCGACGUGCGCGUCACCUACAGCGGCGGCGAGUUCCUGCUUCAGGCAGAGCCGCGCGUCCUCGAGCCCGAAUACCGCGUGAAAAGGCGUGUGCUCCGCCCUCCCGCCAGCAGCUGCAGUGGCCACAGCAGCCCCACCCGGGAAGCGCGCGGUCGCCGGAAGAAGAGGACAGGCCUGAGCUGAGGGCGCCGCGGAGCCCAGCGGCCGGCCCGGCUCCUCGAACUACCCAAGCUGAGAGCCCACUUAUCCCCAGCUUGCAAAGGUAAAUAAAUGAGUAAAGUUAAGUGUAUGCUGCGAGAUCACUUUUAUGUUUGUGAGUGCGGGUGUCAUCGUCUGUGUAAUGUGAGCCGUACUUCGCUGCCUGGGGUACAAGUUGGGGGGCGGGGGUGGCUAGUGUGGAGCUCCCCUCUUCACCAGCUCCUCCAGUGUGCAAGAGCACACCCUCCGACUCCUGCGGCCCACGACCCCCAGAGAGAUACUGAUAGCAUAAGCUCCUAUGCUGAAGCAUGGGUGGUAGUUAUGGCUGAGGAAGGGAUGCCUAAGACAUAAAUUUAGGGCUGGCUCUGACAAUUUUUAGUCAAGUAAGGAGGUUUUCUGAGCCUCAGUUUAUCUGUAAGGGAAGCAUAAAACCAAUCCAGCCUAUACCUAGAAAAUUUACAAGCAUUGAAAUUUAAGAGGAAUGUCACUUCUUGUCUCCUGAUUCUUGCUAAAAGUCUUUAAUAGACUGAAUUUGCAAUAUUCUAGGCGUUUGCUAGAAGGUUAGGCCACACAUCCAGUGUUUACUACUAUGGGUCUAGCCAGCUCACCAGACGUGAUGCCCAGGCUGUCUUAAGUUUGGCUCCUUGCGGAAUUGCUUUCAUUGAACUUCCAUUUGUAGCUGGCCAACAGCUACCUUAGUAUACAGGUGUGUUAUUGAAGCUGUAUACCACUUGAUUGAACACUGCUGUAUUUAUGAGUAUUUGGAGAAAUUCUCUCAAACCUUAACACUUGGAAAAUAUGUUUCUCCUGUUGUGUGGUUUGCUUUUAUCUUUGAAGCA